AUGUACAAAAGAAGUUUACGAGGCUCGUUGAGUCAGUCAUCCUAUACAGAACCAGUAAUAAACCUAAGAAGUCCAGACAAACUCCAUGAUCGAACUCACUCGAAGAAGCAUAGUCGUUAUCAAAAAAGUAGAAGCGCUUCAAACCAUGAUUCUUCACUUAGUGUUGUUAGUGACAAAAGAGCUCGUGAUUCAAAAUUGGAGCUAGUCGAAGAUUUUGAAGAUGAUGAGACGAAUAAGUUUCAUUUAAAAAGUACUCACACUUGUGAAAAUCCAACAGUUAGUAAAACGUCUGCUCAAAAUAACCGCUUGUUAUCUCAUGAUCGAGAAACCUUUGGAUACGAGCCGUUCAAUAUGUUCAACUCUACUCCUAAUUUGGGCCACCUCUCCUCACACGUACCUCGACAUCAGACAAAUCAAACUUUAAUUACCGAACCUGAAGAAUAUGACCAAUAUAUAUCCGACGAUUCACAGAUACAGCAGUUGUUUCCUGACACAGUCCAAUCCAUGCCAUGUUCGCCUAGAGUCAAUGAACUCCUUGAGGAUCAAUGUGUCAUCGACCCCAGCUUUACUAAUUCUGAACAUUUUGGACACAUUUACCAACCAAAUACAAAUCUCAACAUAUAUGAGUUCUACGAAUGUCAGCUAAAUAAACAGCUAACAAAGUUGAGUAUGCUUCACGCUCAACAAUUAAAUAUUCAGGUUUUGUUAGAACGUGAAUGGCUGAAAUUGCACAAGCUGAAUUGUUUGAAAAUGGCUAAGUAUGGCUAUAACGAUAUUAAAAAAUCCGAAAACUAUGACCAAUCUCAAUAUUCAUUUAUUGAAAAUAUAAAUAAUGCAAGACAUGUACAUUCAACAAGUAGCACUAAUGCAAUACCAGUUCAUUCACCUGAAAUGCGUAAUAUGAAUUCAUUUAAGCAUCAUAAUGAUUUACUUUAUUUAAGUAAAAAUUUCAAAUCUGCUGAAUGUGGACUAAAUAAUUUAGAUGGUGGUGAUAACCAAGUAUUUAAUAUUGAUACCUAUAAUGAUAAUGUUUUAGCAAGAAUGCAAGAACGAAGUCGUAAUAGUGCAGAUGAAGGAACAUUCAACUUGAAUUCAAAUUACCGCAUGAUUUCACCAAAUUAUACAAUAAAAGAUAGAAAACCUGUACAUAAUUUAAAUUCAACUAUACUUUAUAAUAGAGAUCAUCUCUACUCACAAGAACUACUGAAUCGUUUAAUUCAAAGUUCACAGUCAAACGGUUACACAAAUUAUACACCAGUUUUUAACAAACCAUCACAUAAAUUAUCAACUAAAAAUAAUUAUCAUUUUUCUGAAUUAAAUAAUCAACAAAUUAUCAAAAAACCAAGUGUACCAAAAAGUGGUUCACCAUCGAAAGGAAGUUAUUUAACUUCUUCCGAAAUUGAAAUUCAUUUACCAAGAGAAUAUCAAUCUUUUCAAUCAAAUCAAUAUUCAAAGAAUUCAUUUCAACCUGGUAUAAACAAUCAAAAUGUAACAAAAACAUUUUCGGAGAACCAAAAUUUGAAACAAUCUAAAUUGAAUAAAUGUUCAGGUUCUGAUCGAUUAUCUUUAAAGAAAUAUUUAAAAUCUGAUUGUAAAAAGAAACUUUUAUUAAAUCGAGAUGAUUCAAAACUACCAAUAAAUAGAUCUAAAAGUCCACCACAAAUGUUUAUAUUACGUAAAAGUGCAUCACAACCUUGCAUUUACAAAGAUGAUCUAAAUAAGGAAGAAAUUAACAGAUCGAGUCCCCCUCAAAAAUAUCCUCUUAUCAAACAGAGUAGUGAAUUGAAUGCAAACAAAUCAUCAACUGAAUCAAUUGAUAGAGAAAUUUUGGAUAUUGAUUAUAAGGCUUCAACAUCGUUAUGGUAUGAUCACAAUGAUAAUAAUAAUAAUGUAAAGAAAAAUACUUUUAAUGGUGUUGUUAAUCAUGGUAAUGAUCAACACUGUUUACAAGAUACCAGUCAAUUAUUACCAUCAUAUCCUCGUAUAAUAAAACAAGUUUCUAAAUUGCCUAAACACAUUGAAGUGGAUAAAGAAAAAGAUUAUGAAUAUAGUUCAAAUUCAACAAGUCAGUCAAGUACUUCAAAUAUCACAAAUAAUCAUAUAAAAACCAAACAUAAAUCUAUGACGAAUUAUCAAUAUAAUGAUAAUAAAUUAAAAGUUAUUCAUGGAACUGAUAAUGCAAAUAGUGUGAAGAAGCCGAUAUAUGAACAAAAUGAAACUAGUUAUAAUAACGUACAUAUAUCAAGAGAAUGUAAACAAAAUAAUAUUAUUGAUCGCAAUGAUUCCUCCACCUUAUCAAACUCUUUGUCUACGCUAAAAUUGUCGAAUGGAACUGCAAAUCAACAAAACCGAAUCAUAAGUAGCAACUGCACUACUGCUAUGAUAAAAACUAAUAAUAAUAGUAAUAAUAAUGGUGAUUUGAAUAAAUUUAUAAAGCAUACAUCCGAUGAUCAGUUGAAUAAUUAUGAGUUAGAUUUAACAAAUGACUCUGGUAUAUCAUCUGUGAAUAAAGAUUCGAUAAUACCAAGUGGUGUAAUCUGUUUACAUAAAGAAAUUAAUCAUAUGGUAUUUGGUCCUUCUCGUAAUCCACUCAAUAAUGCUGUGUUGAAUUUCACAAUUAGUGAACGAAUAAAUACACCAACAUGGUUAGCUUUAUGCACGGAUGAAAUGAAAGUUUACGUCUAUGAUUUAUGGACCCAUAGUUGUUUAACAGAAUUUAUGAAUCAUGCUAUUUCAUCAACGAGUCCUGUAAUACAUUUGUUCUCAUUGAAUCCACUAGAAUAUUCUGAUAAUUCAAAAGCACAUGUUGGAUUUCUAUGUGUUGUUCAAAAGAAUGGAAUUUUAACACUAUAUAACAUAGCUACUCGAAAUAUGAUUUCAAGAACAAUAUUGGAAUGUGAAGUAUAUUGUGCUAGUUUAAUUCCAUGUCAAGGUAAACUAGAUCAAUAUUUACCUCAAUCUAUAUUCAGUAUUGAUACAUAUGGUUCAUUAACUAUUUCUCAAUGGAAAAUUAUAACAAAUAAUAAAGAUACAGUUCUCAAUGAACCUACAUUGUGCGAUGAAACAUUAGAAAUUGGAACAAACAUUUUUAAAGAGAUAUCACGUAAAGGAAAACAUGGAGAUUUUAAAUAUUGUACAUAUAUUCACGACAACUUUCGUUCACAACCCAAUGGUGAAUUAAAAUUAAAUAAAACAAACUCAAAUAUUGAUAAUUCACAAAUCUAUUCAUUCAAUGAUAUAAAUCCAUGUGAAUUUAGUUUUAUUACUGCAGCUUAUGAAUGUACAAGAAGAAAAAUUCUACGUUUAACAAAUUGGAUUUGUAAAAGUAAAGGUUUACGUAAUACUGUAUCAUAUAAUAAAAUUUUAUCAAAUGAUCCUAAUUCUAAUUUAAUUGAUAUGACAGUUGUUGAAAGUGGAUGUUCUGGUAGUUUAUGUAUGUGUUUUACAAAUGAAAUAUUUUGGCUUAGUUUACAUACAUUUGAUAUAUUAUCCAAAUUUAAAUUACCUACAUUUAUGCAACCAAUUAAUUGUUUAUCAAAAUCAUGGCCACAACCAGCUGAUUUAAAUCAAUCUCAGCAUAGACGUACAUGGAUAUCUGUAAAUAAAAAUCGUUUAUUAGAAAUUUCUCCAUUUGAAAGUCAACGUCGAUUAGAUACAAAAGGUAGAAGUUGUCUAUUAGUUUGCCCUGUACUAUCAACUGAUUCACAGAUUACAACUGUUUCAUCGGGUUUAGGUAUUACACCCAUUAUUGCAACAGCGUUAGAAAAUGGUGAAAUUCAUAUAACACAUAUCCCUGAAUCUUGUUUUAGUUGUAUGGUUGAAUUUUGUUCUCUUGGUUUUAUCAAUAAAAAUGAAUUAGUGAAUCAUGUUGUACAAGAUCAUUAUUUAGGCGAAUCAACCGAUGAAUUUCGAUGUAAUUGGUCUUCAUGUGAUCUAUAUCUUCCGUUGAAUUGUUCACAAUUUAAUAAAGAGAUAUUAGAAGAUCAUGCUCAUCAACAUGUAUAUUCAUAA